AGAGAGAGAGAGAGAGAGGAAGUAAGGCUGAUCUUGCUGUAGGCGUUAUUGAUUUCGAUACUAAACUCGAACAGUACACGUUUAUAACUUACACGGAAAUCAGACAUUUUUGGCGGCGUUUGUUUGGACUCUCUCCAAAUUGCCCUCCCACUGCCAUAUUCAUAGCUCGAAGGGGAAAAGUUGCCCACAAUUUGAAACUGUUGAAUCCACAGCGGAAGUGAGCUCGGUAGACAAGGCGACAGGAACCGAAGACAGCGGUUUGUUCGAAGACAGUCCAGCAUGAGUGAAGAGAGACCUGAGGUGGAGCUCUUCGUGAAGGCCGGAAGCGAUGGUCAGAGCAUUGGGAACUGCCCGUUCUCUCAGCGGCUCUUCAUGGUCCUGUGGCUGAAAGGUGUGACCUUUAAUGUGACCACUGUGGACAUGAAGAGGAAGCCAGACAUUCUUAAAGAUCUGGCUCCUGGGGCUCAGCCUCCCUUCCUGCUGUAUGGUACAGAAGUGAAGACGGACACCAACAAGAUAGAAGAGUUCCUGGAGGAAGUCCUCUGCCCUCCUAAAUACCCACGGCUGGCCGCUCGCAAUCCUGAAUCUAACACCGCAGGUCUAGAUGUGUUCUCAAAGUUCUCCGCAUACAUUAAGAAUUCCAACCCGCAGAUGAACGACAAUCUGGAGAAGGGUUUGCUAAAAGCCCUGAAGAAGCUGGAUGACUACCUGAGCUCUCCUCUGCCAGACGAGAUCGACGAGAACAGCGCUGAUGAUGACGCUUCCUCCACCCGACCCUACCUGGAUGGUCAGGAGCUCACUCUGGCUGACUGCAACCUGCUGCCCAAGCUCCACAUCGUCAAAGUGGUCUGUCAGAAGUUUCGCGGUUUCUCCAUCCCUCGCUCGCUGACGUCUCUGUGGCGGUACCUGGAUGCGGCAUACGCCAGAGAGGAGUUCUCCUCCACCUGUCCCAGCGAUGAGGAGAUACACGUGGCCUACUCUUCCGUCGUGAAGGCACUCAAAUAGAAAGAAGAAGGAAACGCACACACAUACACAGUCACACGCUUUUGUGCAUUUUUACCAAUUCUAUUUCCAUGUUGUCCUAGUGUUCCUGAGGUUGUUUGCACUGGCUGAGAUCUCACUUUUCAAUUAAACGUGGUCUUACGCUGCCUUCACAUACUCUCAGAAUUAUCGCAAAUAUGACUUUCCUACGAAAAUGUGUUUGUGAAUGCCAUUUGAUGUUGUGUUUACUAGUGGUGAGUAAAUAUUUGUAUAUCCAAAUAACUUGAAAUGGACGGUCCUCAAACUUUAACCAUGGCGAGUGGGAGAAGGAUGUCUGCUGCGUGUGCUCUAAUAGGAGUUUUUCCCAUAACAGCUUCAUUGCCUCGCUGAGUUAUUUAAAUAGAAGAAUAGCAUAUUGUAUGUUUUUAUACACAGCAAAAAUAGCAUGGCUUUCGCCAAUAGUCACCAGAAUAGAAUAGAAAAAAGCUAUCAUUUUUCAAGAAGCCCUGGUCUAAGUGAACUUAUAACAUCUAAGGGGUGUUAGGCCCCAUUUGUUCUAAAUUCACUGUAAAACACGGCUUAUUGCUUUUAAUAAAAUACCAUCAAAUGUAUUACAGCCAGCAAUAGUGGUUGUUUCAGUAUUUUUCUCUGGUUUAUGAGUGCAUUGCCUAGCAGUUACAAACAGGAUGUUGUUGCCUCAUUCCUUCUGUUACUGUCCCUCCCUCUCGCUGUGUCGUAUAGAGUCUGUAACGAAACGCUGCUUCACUAAUUCGUGGAGGUUUCAUACGUUAUGUGAGAAUUAAAAACUAAAAUAACAGUUGUUAAUCACUGAUGUUCAAUCAAUUACUGGCCCCAAACGACAGCCUCAUCUGUACGAUAUGAAGUAUGUGCAAAUUAGAGUCUGUCAUCUCUAAAUAUGACUGUCAACAUCCACUCUUAUUUAUUGUCUGAGGAGAGUUAUUAAAUACAUUUGUAGUUUUCUGAAAAAGGACACCAGUGACAGUAACGACUGCUGCCUUUUUAAGUCGAUUCAGCCUGUUUCGGAGAUGACCACACCAAGAUAUUUUUAUAUAUAGUGUCAUGCUUGACCCCCAGCCCUCUCCCCGCGUGCUUCUGUUUUCACUUCCUCUUAAUCACUGGUCAUUUCCAAAUCUUACCCUGCGACCAAAUGGACAACACAACGUCAGUGCACGUAUUGAUUAGUGAGGAUUUUAUUCAUUAGAGGAAUGUUACAUCAAGGUCAUUGUCUUCCUGCAUUUCUAAAGUUGUUAUUCAGCAAUACAGUUUAUAAUAAAGUUAACAUAAAAACAA